AUGGGAAGUCUCGGCCCCGAUAGCCAGUCUCGCUGGGCGAGUGAGCCUAUUGCCAUCAUUGGCAUGAGCUCCAAGUUUGCUGGAGAUGCAACCAACACGGACAAGCUCUGGCAGAUGCUGGCUGAGGGGAGAAGCGGGUGGACAGAGUUCCCAGCCUCUAGAUUCAGAUCGGAAGGAGUCUACCAUCCGAACAACGAGCGGCUGAAUACUACACACGUCAAGGGCGCGCACUUUCUGCAAGAAGACGUUGGAUUGUUCGAUGCGGCAUUCUUUAGCUACUCUAGCGAGACAGCCUCGUCCUUAGAUCCUCAAUAUCGAUUGCAGCUUGAAUCCGCCUACGAAGCGUUGGAAAACGCCGGCAUCCCCCUGACACAAAUCGCCGGCUCCAACACCUCCGUUUUCACCGGCGUCUUUGUACAUGACUACAGAGAUGCACUGUUACGCGACGCCGAUAACCUGCCAAGGCUUAUGGCCACAGGUACCGGUGUGCCCAUGAUGAGCAACCGCAUCUCUCACUUCUUCGACCUCCGCGGCGCAAGUAUGACAAUAGAAACAGCCUGUUCCUCUGGGAUGGUGGCCACACAUCAAGGAAUACAGAGUCUGAGGACAGGCGAAGCUGACAUGUCCAUUGUCGGGGGUGCCAAUCUGACUCUGAACCCGGACAUGUUCAAGGCUCUGGGGUCUGCUGGUUUUCUUUCUGCCGAUGGCAAGUCUUAUGCAUUUGACUCACGCGCCAGCGGUUACGGUCGUGGCGAGGGCGUGGCAACGAUUGUGAUGAAGCGUUUAUCAGACGCACUCGCUGCUGGCGACCCGAUCCGUGCUGUCAUCAGGUCCUCUCUCCUCAAUCAAGACGGCAAGACAGAGACGAUUACAACACCCAGCCUGGAAGCCCAAAUUGACCUGAUCCGCCAGUGCUACGCAAGAGCUGGACUCGAUCCUCGGGACACUCAGUACUUUGAGGCGCAUGGCACUGGCACGCAGGCUGGAGACACCGUCGAGGCACGCGCCAUUGCAACAGUCUUCUCCCACAACCAGGAUCCCCUCCUCAUUGGCUCUAUCAAGACAAACAUUGGACAUACUGAAGCCGCAAGUGGGUUGGCCAGCAUCAUCAAGACGGCUCUGGCCCUGGAAAAGGGGGUGAUUCCAGCCUCGAUCAAUUUCGAAAAGCCCAACCCGAAGCUGUCUUUGGAAGACUGGCAUCUCAAACUUGUGAGACAAUUGCAAGAAUGGCCAGCUGCUAGCACUCGCCGUGCCUCCAUCAACAACUUUGGUUACGGUGGUGCUAACGCACACAUCAUCCUUGAAGAUGGGGCAUCAUGGACUCCGUCUCCGGUAGAGGGUACAUCUUCCAAGGAGCCCAUUGACACUGGCUCCAGAGUUCUCGUCCUGAGCGGCAAAGAUGAGCAGGCAUGCAGGACCAUGAUUUCCAACCUCGCCGAAUACCUCCAACGGGUCGCAUCCGCCGAGGAUGAACCGUCGAGACUGCUCGACAGCCUUGCGUAUACCCUUGGGCAGCGCCGCACCCGCUUCCCGUGGGUAGCUGCACACCCUGUUCCGGUCACGGAGGGCAUUGGGGCUGUUGUAAAUACUCUCCAAUCACCCAAAUUCAAGCCCUACCGCAGCUCGCGUCGACCAAGAAUCGGUAUGGUGUUUACUGGACAGGGAGCUCAGUGGUGGGCAAUGGGGAGGGAGCUUCGCGAUGCCUACCCUGUGUACAAAGCCUCCCUCGACGAGGCCGACGCAUACAUAAGGCAGUUCGGGGCGGAUUGGUCCCUCGUGGAAGAGCUCUCGCGUGAUGCCGCUUCCUCCCGGAUCAAUGAGUCAGGCCUCAGCACUCCGAUCUGUGUUGCUGUGCAGAUCUCACUCGUUCGCCUGCUGGAGUCUUGGGGUGUUGUCCCUGCGGCUGUCACCAGCCACUCUAGCGGCGAGAUUGCUGCGGCCUACACGGUGGGAGCACUCAGCUACAAAGACGCCAUGGCGUAUGCAUACCACCGCGCCGUGCUGGCUGCAGACACGAGCCUACGAGGCCCCGUCAAGGGCGGCAUGCUCGCCAUUGGACUCGGCCGAGAAGACACAGAGGCAUAUCUGAAGAGACUGACGACUGGUGGUAAAGCCAUGGUCGCCUGCGUCAACAGUCCCUCCAGCACGACAGUUUCCGGAGACUUGAGUGCCGUGCAAGAACUGGAGGAGCUGGCCAAUGCCGAUGGCGUCUUUGCUCGUCUGCUCAAGGUAGAGACAGCCUGGCACUCGCACCACAUGACGGCGAUUGCAAAUGUCUACGUCGAGGCCCUCGAUAACAUCAAGAGGAAGAACAGCCGCAAUGAGUCUUCGAUUGCGUAUUCAUCGCCCGUUACUGGUGGCAGGGUGGCUAACAUUGAGGAAGUGGCACGUCCUGAACACUGGGUAAAGAGCUUGGUACAGCCCGUCCAGUUUGUGGACGCCUUUACCGACAUGGUACUCGGCAAUCCGAAUGGUUCUGCCAACGUCGAUGUCGUCGUCGAGGUUGGCCCUCACACAGCACUGGGCGGGCCCAUUCAGCAAAUUCUCGCAUUGCCUGCGUUUAAGGGGCUGCAGAUCCCAUAUUACGGCUGCCUCGUCCGCAAAGCAGACGCAAAGGACACAAUGCAAGCUCUUGCGGCUAAUCUACUACAGCAAGGGUAUCCUCUUGAUAUGGACGCUGUCAACUUUCCCCAUGGAAGAGGCUCCCGGGUCAGAGUGCUAACUGGACUGCCCUCAUACCCCUGGAACCAUCAAGUCAAGCACUGGGUUGAGCCAAGAUUCAACAGGGCGCUUCGGGAACGCUCUGUGCCGCCUCAUCACCUCCUGGGCUCGCUCGUUGAGGGGACGAAUCUGGAAGAACCAACAUGGCGACACACGCUCCGGAUAUCAGAGUCGCCAUGGACGCGAGAUCACGCUAUUCAGUCAAAUGUCGUGUAUCCUGCUGCGGGUUACAUCUGCUUGGCCAUUGAGGCGACCAAGCAGCUUCAUGCGUUGAACCAUACCAAGGCAGGGGCUAAGGAGGUAUCAGGUUACCGACUUCGCGAUGUCGACUUUCUGCAGGCCUUGAUGAUACCAGAUACCUCAGACGGCAUCGAGAUUCAGACAAGUCUACGCCCUGUGAAUGAUAAAGACGUUGCAAUCCAGGGUUGGAAGCACUUUGAGGUCUGGACUGUUACAGGAGACAACCGAUGGACUCAGCACGCCAAGGGUCUCAUCUCGAUCGAGUUUGAAGCAUCUGCUCAAGUCUACGAGCCGAAACUUGGCGAGUUCACUAUCAAAGGUUACAAGAGACAGAUUCCUCCCGCUCAACUAUUCGCCAAUCUCAAAGCCCUUGGUAUUGGGCACGGUCCGGUGUUCCAAAACAUGAGUCACAUUGUGCAAUCCGGCUUCGACAGGCGCAGCGUGGUUCUCACGACUGUGCCUGAUACGUCAGUGCCCAACGAUCUUCCCCGCGAACAUGUCCUGCAUCCCGUCACUCUCGACUCGUUCAUCACCUCGCCGUACUCAGCUGUCCCUGGAGCUGCUGGCCGCGAGACUGCUGCCAAGGUGCCCAGGUCGGUCAAGAGCUUCUGGGUGUCGAGCAAUAUUAGCCACAGCCCUGAACAUGUGUUCAAGGCGCACUCCCACAUCAUCCGCGAUGAUAAACACGGGAUGGAGGCUGAUGUGAUAGUCGCAAAUGACGGGGUUGAUGACAACAAUGUACUGCUAGAGAUGAAGGGCUUUUCGUACCAAUCUCUGGGACGCAGCGUAUCACUCCAACAUACAGAGCCCUGGGAGAGCCAGCUGUGCAGCAGCAUUCAUUGGCGCCCAGACAUCUCCAUCAAACUUCCAGCGACAGUCUCUCUGGUCAAGCAGGAGCUCUCCUCCAAUUCCAACUCUGCAGAGGCUGGGGGAGUGGAAAUCUCGAGUUUGUGCCUUUAUUUCAUUCAAAAGGCACUCGCCAGCCUGUCCGACAGUGACUUCACCAACGGGUCGCAUUACUCCAAGUAUUAUGCGUGGAUGAAGUCUGCUGCCCAACAGGCCGCCAUCACUGACAUCGAUGAGGAGCACAUUGAUCAGAUAGCCAAGGCACAGGCGGAUGGCGAGAUGAUACGUCUUUUGGGUAAACAACUCGUAUCUAUCCUCCGGGGGCAGUCGACACCAACCGAGAUCAUGGAACAAGACAAGAAUCUGCUCUCGAGGUUCUACAGCGAGACGCCCAGGGCAAAGCGCACAAGUUCGCAGCUUUCAGGCCUUCUUCGCCAUCUGGUACACAAGAAUCCUCGGGCGCGCAUCCUGGAAAUUGGUGCAAGCACCGGCGGUAUCACCGGCUCUGCUCUGGGUGUCCUGGACACUGCUACGUCGGGCGGCCCUCACGCCUCUUUGUACCAUUACACAGACUUGUCAGAUCGCAAUUUCGAUGCAGCACGCGAGGGAUUUGCCGCCUGGUCCGACAUCUUGGCAUUUGACGUGCUCGAUAUCGAGCGUGAUCCUGCUGACCAGGGUUUCACUGUCGGAUCUUAUGAUGUUGUGAUUGCUUCUCACGCCUUUUCAUCGACGAGCUCAGCUAUUGCUGGUGUGCUGGAAAACGUCAGGAGUCUCCUCAAACCUGGAGGCACUCUGUUGUUCACGGAGGAUUUCAAGCCUAGUAUCGACGUGCAGUUUGUCAAGGGGCUUUUUCCCAGCUGGUGGUCCAGUGAAAGAUUCUCCGAACAACAUGUCGAGCCAAGUCCAUUGCUCAGCGUCCCUCUCUGGGACCGAUCUCUGCGGCACGCUGGGUUUACCGGCAUUGAUAUUGAGCUACGAGACAGCGACGACGUUGAUGCUUCUGUCUCGGCCACCAUCAUGUCGACACUGCCACCGCACCCAGCAGGCCAAAGCGACAUAGAUGCUGGCAAAGUCGUGAUUGUCACAAGUGAACAAGCUGGCAUCCCUCCUUCCGAGUGGCUCAAGGCUCUGCAGCACUCAAUUGCCUCGUAUUCCAAGGCGGUGAAUGGUGCAGAAGGCAAGGUGCUGCCAAGCGUACAAAGCAUUGAGUCAGCCGCAGCUACAGCAGCCUGGUAUGCCGAUAAGAUCUGCAUCUUUAUCGGGGAAAUAAACGAGCCUAUCCUGUAUAAUCUCGAUGCGGCGUCCUUGGAGGGCAUUAAGGCCAUGAGUACAGGAUGUAAGGGUCUUCUCUGGGUUACUCGCGGUGGUGCUGUCGAUUGCGAACGCCCUGAAGUCAGUCUUGCGACUGGAUUCGUACGAACACUGCGCAACGAAUACGUCGGCCGAAAGUUCAUCACUCUGGACCUGAGCCCGAAGGGGUCGCUGUGGCAGGAGUCUGGUCAUGAAGCUAUCGCACAGGUGCUGCAGAACGCCUUCGGCCAGUCGCUGCCCGGACACAGCUCAGGACCCGACAAAGGGCCCGUUGAACUCGAGUAUGCUGAGAGAGAUGGCGUGAUUCUCAUUCCUAGAGUCUAUCAUGAUGUGGCCAAGGACAAUGCGAUUACUCCGAAGACGCUGGAAUCUGAGGAGGACACCCAGGGAAUCACCACCGUCGAGCCUUUCUAUCAGCAACAUCGCCCACUGUGUUUCCUACCAGAGCUUCUUGUUUUUGGUGACGAUGCGAGCGCGGCUGUCUACAGGGACACGCUCCCACCGCGGCUGGUAGAGAUCAUGCCUAGGGCAUACGGCGCCGGGCUGAAUCCCGCAGAUAGAACCAUCACAGGGCAAGAGUGUUCCGGUAUCAUUACGAGAGUCGGAAUUGAAGCGUCCAAGCACGGAUACUCUGUUGGCGACCGUGUCGUCUGUUUGUUGCAGCAGUCAUCAUUCACGAGUCGGGCCGUCGUUGACUGGACCUCGGUCGUUCAGAUGCCGAGUCGCUUGAGCUUCCAGCAGGCAGCAUCCCUUCCCGCAGCAUUCCUCGUUGCCUACUUUUCUCUUGUCGAGACAGCAAGACUUAAGACUUCUCAAAGCGUUCUUAUCCACAAUGCUGCCGGAAGCAUAGGACAGGCAGCCAUCAUGGUUGCGAAGCACAUCGGCGCCACGGUCUUUACGACAGUCGCCAGCCCCAAACAGCGAGAUCUCCUCACCAGGGAACACGGCAUACCUUCUCAUCAGAUCUUUGAUAGCAACAACGCUUCAUUCGGAACUGCCGUCACUGCUGCCACCAACGGGCGAGGUGUUGAUGUCGUGCUCAACUCGCUGACAGGCCCUCUUCUCCAAACGAGCUUCAAUCUCGUCGCGCCCCUCGGCCACUUCAUCGAAGUUGGCAAGUAUGACUCGCUGGCAAAUAGCAACCUCGAGAUGCUUCCAUUUACUCGGGGCGUGUCAUUCUCGGCAGUUGACGUGCCAAGCUUGUUGCAACACCGUGGCAGCGAUGUGCAUCGUUGUCUAGAAGAAGUGAUGCGCCUUUUCGAGCUUGAAGCUCUUGCACCCGUUUCUCCUGUCAUUGAACACAACAUUGGAGAUAUUGCACAAGUUUCCCGCCUUAUUCAGACGGAAGAAGAGACGGGAAAGAGAGUCUUGUCAGUUGCGCAGGACGAGAUGGUAUCUGUUCUGCCCCAUACCGCACCAGCCGCCACGCUCUCUCCAGAUGCAUCCUACUUGAUCGUAGGUGGCAAUGGCGGCUUGGGACAGGCUGUGGCUCAUUGGAUGGUAUCCCGCGGCGCCAAGAACCUUGUUUUGCUGUCAAGGAGUGCAGGCCAGAGCCCCAAGAUGGCGGUGCUUGCAGAGGAGCUUCGCGACGCAGGAUGCCAUCGUGUCUUGCCGGUCAGUUGUGACGUUGCCAAGGAGGACGAUCUGGCACGGGCCAUGGACACCUGUGCACGCGAGGGACUCCCACCGAUUAGGGGCGUGGUUCAUGCGGCCUUUGUUCUUCAUGACUCCUUUGUGGAAAACAUGACUCUUGAUGACUACAAAUACACAAUCCAAAGCAAGGUCUCGGGCGCUUGGAACCUUCAUAACCAGUUCAACUUGCCAGGCGACCUCGACUUCUUCGUCCUGUUCUCCUCCAUCAACGGCAUUCUGGGCUACGCCAGCCAAGCCGCCUACUCCGCCGCCGGUGCCUACGAAGAUGCCUUGGCUCACUGGCGCGUCAAGCACAAAGGCCUGCCCGCCGUUUCCAUCGACCUCUCGCUCGUCGACGGCGUCGGCUACGUUGCCGAGGCGAGUGCAGCUGAGGCGAUGCGCAAGUCCCUCAUCAAGGCGGGACGCAGGGUCAUCAACGAGGAGCAGGUCCUCGCCUCCCUCGAGCUGGCUAUUGUGUCGCCAUACGAUCCGCAAUUCAUCCUCGGCGGCAUCAACUCAGGUCCUGGGCCACACUGGGAUGUUGACGGCGACCUGGGACGAGACAUGCGCCUGCUGGCGCUCAAGUAUCGCCAGCCUGCUGCUGCUGACGGGCAUGAUGACGAGGAUAGCAAGGCGGCCAACGGAGGAGACUCUCUUUCUGCGAAAAUUGCGUCUGCCUCGUCGCGAGAUGAGGCGAUUUCUGUCGUCGGGUCUGCCGUGGCGGCCAUGUUGGCCGACAUGUUCCUCGUUUCCGUUGAAGAGGUGGACCUCAACGACUCGCCGUCGCAGCAGGGUAUUGAUUCUCUUGUGGCAGUCGAGGUGCGCAACAUGCUCUUCAGUCAGGCGGGAGCAGAGUUGUCCAUUUUCAACAUCAUGCAGAGCCCGAGCCUGGCGCAGCUGGUGGCUAAUGUGGUUGACCGCAGCACGUUUGCCAAAUUUGCAAAGUCUUCAUGACCUGCUAUACAGCUUGCAGAUAGACCAGCGUCAUAUGACAGAGGCUAGAGUCAACUUAUAGGAUUUUCAGAAUAC